CCAUACGAGGACUCAAAGCACCAAUGCAAUAGGUGCAAGCUCAACGCCAGGCGACGGCUUUGCUUUGUCCCCUCCUUACGAAAGGGACGAACCCAGAUAUAUGGAGGGCGACAGUGAAGCUGACGCUGAUGCCGAGGAAAGCGCUGGGGAAGGCCCAUCUCGCCCUCCUCGAAGGAGAAGAAAAAGCCGCCGGGCAACUGAUGAGGGCACUCAGACUGCACCCACGACCCCCAAGGCUACGAAAGCAGGCCAAUUCUUCUUUCGAGAUUCGCCUGGCACUACCCCUACGUCGUCUCGACCAAACAUCUUCCGCCGCGGUACCAUGAGUGACAUACCCGAGAACCAAAGGCAAGGCGUCUCGGAGGACGAAGGACGCGACAGACUUGCCAAAGAAAGCACAUGGACGAGAGGCCUACACAGCGCACGGGGACUAUCGUAUGGUGGGAUUCGUAGACACCACGAUGAUAAUCAAGACGCAACGGGUGAAAAGAGACCUAGCAAUCUGAGGCGACUGACUGGAUUCGCUACCAACAAUGCGGACGGCACACCGUCACACUGGAGAGCACGCAGUGACCGCACCCAGAGCAUGGGCGCGGCAAAAUGGUCAAGAGUCAUAGCCGGGUUGAGGAUACUGGGGCAGAAACACAAGGCUGAGAGGACAGGCGACCAUCUCAAAUCUGCAGAACUUAUGGCCGAGCUCCUCGCAGGAGCACCGGCAGCAUUGUUCCUCGCUAGUAUGUUUCAAAGAGACGAAGCUGGCCAUAAGAGAAUUCCUGUCCUUCUGGAGCAACUCAAGUUCAACAUUGUGGACAUUACCAAAGAAAGUGACACGAAGGGCGGAGAACGACACUUGAACUUUCGAAUCAAUCUUGAAUAUGGAAAUGGCCUCACCCGUAUGAAGUGGUUCGUGAACCGGACGGUGGGAGAUUUUUUUAAUUUGCACUCAAAAUACAAGGCACAGCAAAAUAUCAGACAAUAUAUUCAGCUGAAGCCGGAUGAUAAGAAAGGAAAGAUUCCCCGAUUUCCCAGAUCGACUAUUCCAUAUCUGCGAGGAAUAAGAGGAAUGAUGGAUAUCAUGGACGAAGAUGAAGACGAUGAAGACGAUGCAGAUAUCGAUCGCGAAGCCAGCGGCCCAGAUGGCAGUGCCAGUGCAACAGAUCGACCAUCGAAAGCUAAAAGGAGGCAAUCUUCGUUUGCACACAACCGGAGAAAGUCUAGCAUAAGCAGCCCUCAAGCGUCUGGUAUCACCGGCCAGAUGGUAGCACGUACUGGUAGUUUUGCUGGAGUUGUGGGCGCAGCUACACUCGAUAAAGCAAAUUACGCCGAACGAGUGCGCAAGAAGCUGGAAGCUUACCUUCACCAGCUAAUCACGUGGCUUAUCUUCCGGCCUGGGAGCAACAGACUAUGCAAAUUCCUGGAGCUGUCGUCACUCGGUGUACGGCUGGCUACCGAGGGGGGCUAUCAUGGAAAGGAGGGGUUUUUGACCGUCAUGUCAUCAGGAAAAGGGACCGAUCUCCGGAAGAGAAUGGUGCCGUCGUCGUUCAAAGCUCGGCAUACCACUAAGUGGUUUAUGGUCAGGCAGAGCUACAUCAUAUGUGUCGAUUCCCCAGAAGAAAUGAACGUCCACGAUGUCAUCUUAGUGGACCCGAACUUCACGAUACAAGCAAAAGGCAGACUCCGAGACCAAAAACCAAAAGAGAUCGCAAGUCAAGCAAAAGCAUCUGCUACUCACCCUAAUCAUCACCGCCUUCGCCUCCAAAAUAGUGAGAGAACGAUAAAACUCUUGGCCAAAAGCGAGAAGCUAUUGGUGCAGUUUGAAGAUUCUAUCACCUUCAUGCUGCAGAAUAACGAUUGGGCGAAGCCACAUCGUUUUGGCAGCUUUGCACCCGUUCGUCACAAAGUAUUCGCACAAGCGCUCGUAGACGGACGCGACUACAUGUGGAACGUUUCUCGCGCUAUAAGCAUGGCUCGCGAUGUCAUUUACAUUCACGACUGGUGGUUGAGCCCCGAGCUGUACAUGCGCCGACCGGCUGCGAUCAGCCAGAAGUGGAGACUCGACAGACUUUUAAAGCGGAAGGCCCAAGAAGGAGUCAAGAUUUUCAUUAUCAUGUAUCGAAACAUCAAUACGGCAAUCCCAAUCGACUCGGAGCAUUCCAAGUUGUCGCUUCUCGGGUUGCAUCCCAAUGUUUUCGUACAGCGGUCUCCCAACCAGUUUCGGCAGAACACGUUCUUCUGGGCACAUCACGAGAAACUUCUGGUCGUCGACCACGCCAUAGCGUUCUGUGGCGGCAUCGAUCUAUGUUUCGGCCGAUGGGAUACCCCUCAGCACGCUGUAGUAGACGACAAGUUGACAGGAUUCGAGUUGAGCGAUGCUCCGAAGGACGCAGACCACUGCCAACUCUGGCCUGGAAAGGAUUACUCGAACCCCCGCGUACAAGACUUUUAUGGUCUUGAUAAACCAUACGAAGAAAUGUAUGAUCGCACCAAAAUUCCGCGCAUGCCAUGGCACGACAUAUCGAUGCAGAUGGUCGGGCAGCCAGCCCGAGAUCUGACCAGACACUUUGUGCAACGGUGGAACUAUAUCCUCCGGCAACGUAAAACCUCAAGACCGACACCUACUCUCCUACCUCCUCCAGAUUUCGUUCCUGCCGAAAUCGAGGCACUGGGGCUCGAGGGAACCUGCGAAGUUCAAGUACUCCGAUCUGCCACCUCUUGGUCUAUUGGCACGACGGACAAGACCGAGCACAGCAUUAUGACAGCAUACGUUCAAAUGAUCACCAAUUCAGAACAUUUCGUGUACAUCGAGAAUCAGUUCUUCAUCAGCAGCUGCGAUGUCUUGGGCCAAAAAAUGGAAAAUACGAUUGGCGACGCCCUUGUGAACCGGAUAAUUCGUGCCCAUGAGAACCAGGAGGACUGGAGGGCCUGUCUUGUCAUCCCCUUGAUGCCGGGCUUCCAGAACACGGUGGAUAGCCAGGACGGUAGCAGCGUACGCCUGAUCAUGACAUGCCAAUAUCGCAGUAUUUGCCGAGGCGAGACCUCUAUUUUUGGCAAGUUGCGAGAAGCAGGCAUCGAGCCCGAGGACUACAUCCAGUUUUACGCUCUGAGAUCAUGGGGUGCUAUCGGUCCCACGAAAACACUUGUCACCGAACAACUAUACAUUCAUGCCAAAUGCAUGAUUGUGGAUGACAGAAUUGCGAUCAUUGGCUCGGCCAAUAUCAAUGAGCGUUCCAUGCUUGGAUCAAGAGAUUCUGAGAUUGCGACAAUCGUAACAGACACAGAAAUGAUACCCUCUCAUAUGGGUGGGGAAUCCUAUAUGGUUGGCAGAUUUGCUCAUGAGCUUCGUGUCCGACUCAUGCGCGAACACCUGGGAGUCGACGUAGAUGAAAUAUCAAGGGCUGAGUUCAGUGAUGAAGAGGCGGAUGUAGACUCUGAUCGAUUCGAUUCCUCGUCUCCACCGUCCCCAACAGCCGAUCGCGCGACAGAGCAGACCUUAAUUGAGUCACGACACCGCGUCCAGGACGAAUUGAUUGCGAGAGCUGAGAAUCUACACAGCUUCAACCAUGAUACUGAUGGGGAACACGAACCCAAGAAGCCCAACAUUUUCAUGAGAAGGAGAACAACAGCAGACGUUCGUGCCGCCAGUAACCGCGAACAAGAACAGGACUUCAAAGGAAAAUCGCCCGUCCCCAUGCGCCACAUGGAUGAGGCUGUCUCUGAAAGCAUUCGAGUACGUGAUCUAAACCAUGCGACCAGCCAUGAGGUCCUAGUGUCAGAUGCCGCAUCAAAGGGCGCAGAACCUGGCGCUUCACCGAUAAGAUCCUCGAAGCUCGUUCGGGAGCGUAGCAAUACAGCAACGACACGUACAUCGAGUGUACUAGGCAAUGCGUCGCUUCCACCGCCAAUGCCUCCGCGAAUGAAUACAGCCGCGCUCGGCUUGUCACAACUCAGCCAACUGCCUGCUCUCCCUAUAUCUGACGACACCGACAUUGGCGGUCCACCACUCCAUCGCGCUGUCAGCUACUCUUCGUCGAAUACCGUCAACCCACUCCUCGCAGAUAUGCGUCGACCUGUUGUCUCAGAUGAUUGUAUGCGAGACCCGCUGAAUGACGCCUUCUACCUCGACACCUGGCAUGCUGUGGCGGAAAACAAUACCAAACUUUUCCGUCAAGUUUUCCGGUGCAUGCCAGAUAAUGAAGUUAAGAACUGGAAGGAAUACAAAGAGUACGCGGCAUUUGGUGAACGCUUCCAACAGGCUCAAGGUGGCGGUAAGAGCUCGACACGCAAGCAACAAGAGGCUCCUGGGAAGACCGGACCUCCCGGAUCGGGUUUCGCAGAAAACUCGAGUCACGCAGGAGAGAAGCUUGCAGAAAAAUUAUCCAUGGAGAACAGAGGCACGAAUGCGCCCAUGGGCAAAGUUGAGGACUGGGCAGCCGCACAGGAAAAGGACGCUGCUAUCCCUGCGGCUCAGCAAGUCAAUAGUCCUACGGCGAAUUCAGGCGAUGAGAAGGUAUCAUUCAUAGCCGAGGACGACAGACCAUCAGGCAAGACUUCGCCGUUCCCGCCACCUCCUCCAAUUCCAAACACGACGAGUGUAGAAGACUUUGCACCAGAUGUAGGAGUCGGCCGCUCGCGGACAGUAACAUACAGCGAGCCUAACCAAGCGGCGGACCGCAGCCAUCGAAAUACCAUGAACUCGCAAGGCUCGCAGAAACGCCGAAGGCGCGCAACCACAAAGUCUUCGAUGCGGCCUUUCCACGCUACCGACGAAAAUGCUUUGUUGGAAAGAGAAGACGCGGAGAAUGUAUUGAAGUUGGUACAGGGCCAUCUCGUGCUGUGGCCAUACGAGUGGUUGGUGACCGAGGAGAGGGGUGGUGGUUGGCUUUAUACUGUUGAUCAGCUCGCGCCGCUGGAGAUCUAUUCCUGAUCAUUUCUCAACGUGAAAUAUUGACCGGCAUGGAAGUUUUGUCUACCUCGUUUCGCAUAGCUUUAGCAUGGCGGGUGCAUUGGGGUACCAUUCAAGCAUCAGGGAGUUUCGGGAGUCAUAACGUUUGGCUCUGCUAGAGGGCUAGUGUAUACAUAAUUCGGAGUGGAAUAUUAGCAUGUCGUCCUGAGGCAGUCUUGUUGCCAUGAAA